AUGGAACGGUACCACGAGGUGGUGCCGGAUGCUCCGCUGGCGAAGCGGAACACUCUUCCUUCCCUUAUUGCAGCACUGCAGGCUGCAAAGACAAAGACAGAGCAGGAGGCUGGCCUGGCACUGGCUCAGCUCUCGGCUCGACCAGCGCUGCAGGGUUUUGUUAUCGAGCUGUGGAACAACUAUCAAGACGCACUGGCGCUGCUUCCUUUUGCUCUCCAUGCGGUGGACACUCGCUCCUCGCCAGACCUUGCUGCUCUCGAUGCCGAGUUUGAGACGCUCGAGCGAAGGCUCGACGCCGAAAAGUCGUUUUCGGCCCGACUGGCCUCGGAGAAGGACGUCCUUGUCCUUGCGCUGCAGGACGAGCAGCAGACUGUGGCCGAGCUCCAGGCCCGACUGGCCAAUGCAUCGCUUCUGCCGCAAACCGCACGCUCGGGACCAGCAGAUGCCUCGCCGCGCGCGUCGCCGAUCCCCUCCUCGACUCCAUCGCGUGAGCGCGAGCGUGAGCUCGAGCUCGAGGUCCAGCGACUGCGCCGCCAGCUAGCAAAGGCAGGCGGCGGAGCGGCCAGCCCACCAUCGGCUUCCUCGGAUGUGCUUCGCUCACAGCUCGCAGAGCUGCAGGCCCAGCUGACGGUGGUCGAGCAGCUCGCCGCCACCCAGGCCCACCAGCUGCGGGCGUACCAGCUGAGCACGAGUCCCGCCCAGAGCCGCGCCACGAACUCGGGUGAACUGGCGGCACUCCGCGCCGAGCUUGCAUCGACUCGCGCCGCGCUGACGCAGUCGCGAGCCGACAACGAGGCCCUGGUCCGAUCGGCCCGAGCCGACAUUUCCACCCUCAAGAGCGAGCUCUCGAUGGCGCUUUCCAGCUCGAUGGUUGUCUCGCAGCAGAUGGAAACAACAGCAGAGGCUGAUCUCCUCCGCGACCAGGUCUCCACGCUUCAGGCUGAACUUGCCUCGCUCUCGGCGGUCAUGGCGUCUUCGAACUCACACCUGCUCUGGCCGUCCAACUCGACCCGUGGCUCGCCGCAGCAGAAGACAGCGGCCGCGACGCCGCCGCCGGCACCGCCGGUCGACACUGUUCCAGCGGCCGAGCUGCGGGUGGCCGAGGCCAGCAUUGCCGCGCUCACCGUGAGCCUUGCGUCAUCGCAGGCCGAGCUCGAGCGGUCUGCUGUCGACCUCGCUGCCGCCCAGUCGGAUGCCGCCGACUUGGAAGUCAAGGCCGAGAAGGCAUCGCGCGAGAUUGCCCGGAUCCAGGCCGAGCUCGACACUACUAACGCCCAGCUGGUGUCAACCCGUACCUCGGCCACAGUGACCGAGGCUGAGCUUGCCACGGCUCAGGCUAGCGUCGCGACGCUUACCCAGCAGCUGGCCGACGAGUCGCAGACCGCGCGGUCUGCCAAGCACGAGCUGGCCGCCGCACAGGACGCUCUGACUACGGCUGAGGCAAAGCUUGCGGCAGCACAGAAUACGGUGCGCAACCGCGACGCGGCGCUCGUUCGUGCCGCGUCCGAGCGCGACACUCUCGAAUCUUCGCACGCCUCGUCGCUCGCAGCGCUCCGUCGCGCCGCCAACGAAGCCGCCGAAGCUGCCGCGCAGCAGGCAUCGGAGGCAGCCGCCGCUGCCGCGGCUGCGGCCCGGACCCGGGACGCCAAGAUUGAGGCGCUUGAGAGCGACCUUGACCGAGCUGAGGACAAGCUCGUCGCAGCUAGUGCGCGCGAAGCCGAGCUUGUCAGCGAGCUUGCCGCAGCGCAAGCUGCGCUCGCCGCCACGGCACCGCUCAAGACUUUGGCCGCGACUGCCCAGGCGGCACUGACCGACUCGGCGACGAAGAUCUCGUCGGUCAAGACGAAACUGUCGUCGACGAUGGCCGAAAAGGCGGCGCUCUCGCAGUCGCUGGCCAAGUGGCAGGCGUACGCACUCGAGCUGGAGGCCGAGUCGUGGACGCUUUCGCAGCUCAAGACGACGCUGACCGAGACCCAGCAGGCGACGCAUGCACUCUCCAACUCGACUGUUGAACUGGAGGGCCAGUUGCUUGACGUCUCGCGCCGCGCCGCUGCGCUCUCCAACGUCGAGGUUUCGCUUGUUUCGACCCGCUCCGACUUUGAGGCGGCGGCUGCCGACCGCACCCGCCUUCAAUCUGAGCUCUCAGUCCUCCGCACUGAGCUUGAGUCGUCACAGGCACUCACCUCGCACACCCAGCUGGAGGUAACGCGCCUCGCGGAGGCGGAGUCGAACGCAUCGGCGGCUGCCCAUGAGACGCAGAUCAUGCUUGCCACCGCCCGUGCCCGCAUCAUCGAGCUCGAGGGCGACCUCGAACUCGCGCAUGCCUCCCGCGACGCGGCCAUCAAGAAGGUCAGCGUCCUCGCGCCCGAGCUGGAGCACACGUCAGAGCUCCUUGCCGAGGCUAAGAUGAAGGCGGCUCAGCUGUCGAGCAUUGCCGAAGAGCACACCAUGCUCUCCAUUGCCAACGCGGCGCUAACGUCAAACCUAGACGCAGUCACCCAAGAGCUGACGUCGUCCCAGCUUGAUCUCCGCGCCGCCAACGCCAAGCUAGAGCACGCGUCUUCGCUCGAGGCUGAGCUCGCGACGGCACGGGCGGCGGCGGCGUCGGGCUCCAAGGACGUCUUUGCGGCUCAGUCCCAGCUCUCGGCGGCCAAGCUGGAGGUUGCACAGCUGCGCGACGCCCAAGUUGCGGCCGACGAGCAUGCUCGUACGCUCGCGUCAUCCAACACGGCGCUCAAGAUCGCUGUCGGAAACGCCACUGCGCGGAUAGAGGACCUGGAGUCUGAGCUCACCGUGGCGAGCCGGGCCAAUGUCGAAGCGGCGGCGCUGAAGACCCAGCUCGCCGAGAGCCAAGAUCAGCUCGCGGCAGCGUUGGCGGCCAAGACCCAGCUCAAGGCUGCUCUGGAUGAGCUGCGCAACACCGAGAGCUCGCUUGAUCGGGCGACUGCGUCACGCGACCAGUUCGCUGACCAGCUGACAGUGGCGCAGACUCGCGCCGCCGCCCUCGAGUCGUCGGUUGCUGUGGCCGAGUCGAGCGUGACGGCCGAGCAAGCUCGGGUUGCUCAGCUUGAGCAGCUGCUGACGAGCGAGCGGAACAAUACCGCGGCUGCUGCUGCCGCUGCUGCCGGGGCGUCGCAGCAGGUCUCGACGCUCACGUCGCAGCUCGCGUCGGCCAAUGCCGAGCUGCUCACGCUGCGGCCGCUAGCGGACGAGGUGGCGUCACUCAACCAGGCUCUGACAGUGGCGAGGGCGUCGCUUGCCGGCGCCAGUGCCUCCGCGGCUGAGCUUGCGCCUCUGCCGGCCAGACUCGCUGCCACUGAGGGUGAGCUCAAGGCUGCACGAGCCGAGCUCGAGGAUCUCGCCGCGGUCAAGAGUUCGCUAGCAAGCACGCUGGCGUCGUCCAACUCGUCGCUCGAGCAGGCGACCGAGCAGCUUGCGGUGCUGGAGGCGUCCGAGGCCCGGGCGCGGGCGCUGGCCCGCGAUAAGCAGACGCUGCUCGACGAAAUGGAGACAGUGUCCGCCGCGCUCCACGACGCCCAGCGCGAGCUCCUGGCGCUGCCCAAGAUCAAGGAUGAGCUCGCGGCCGCGCAGCAGGAAGUGCUCGACACCCUCGCUGCGCAUCACAAGGUGGUGGUCCGGCUCCACCAGCUUGAAUCGAGCGCCGAGCAGCUGCGUCAGAUGGAGGAACGCCACAAUACUGUCGUCGACGACCGGAUGCGGCUGGCUGCCCAGCUCGAGACGGUGACAACCGAGCACGAGGCGGCCGCGGCUCGGGCGGCUGCCCUCAACUCGGAGCUGGCCCAGACAACUGUGCGGCUGCAAGACGCUCUUGCGGCAAACGAGUUCCUCCGCGACGAGAUUCAGAACACGAUGCUCUCGCUUGAGUCGACUGAGCGGGAGGUUGCGCUCCUUGCACCCGUCCGCGACGAGCUUGCACGUGUUCUGGCCGACUCGGCCCAACUUCAGGCCAAGUCGAGUGAUCUCGACCUAGUUAGUGCACAGCGAGACGCGGCGUCGCAGCAUGCUGCCGAGGUUGAGGCCAAGCUCCUCGCCACCGAGGCACAGCUCCGGGAAGUUCGUGAUGCCAACACGGCGCUUUCGGGCUCAUUGGCGUCUGCGGAGGCCGAGCGGGUGGCGUUGCGGGAUGCUCUACAGGUGGCACAGGAGGCGACCGGCGCCGAGCGCAAUGCGCGCAAGGACGCUCAGGCCGAAGCGGUGCGGGCGACCGCCGCGGCAGAGGAGGCCAAGCUUGCUCUCGCACACCUGGACAUCAAGCACUCUGCGCUGACCGAGUCGAACUCGGCGCUCAAAUCUGCCCACGAAACGCUGAGCAGAGAGCACGCGGCUCUCAAGCACGACCUUCUGCGCGUGACGACUCUCUCGCGCGAGAAGGAGGCUGCGCUAGCAAGCGUGGCCGAGCUGCAGAGCUCGCUGGCGGCAGCGCACGACGCCCUUGCUGCGUCACACACCAAGCUCGGCGAUCGUAACCGCGAGGCUGCCGAGGCCAAGGCCGCGGCGGCUGAGGCCAAGGCCGAGCUGAACGUGGUCGGAUCACGCACCGAGUCGCUGGCGGCCGAAGUCGCCGCCAAGGACCAGGCGCUGGCCUCAGUCAAGGCUGCACUCGCCGAGUCACAGGCUGCAAAGUCUACUGUGGACACAGCGCUGGCAAGCAGCUCUGCUGAGAACAAGGCGCUCGCAGCCAAGCUCGAAGCAGCGACAGCGACAGUUGCUGCCGCCGAGCGUCGUCAUGACACGGCACUGGCCGAGAGCCGUGCGACCGCCGCCGCGGACCUCAGCGAGGCUCAGCGGCGGCUCGACGGAGCACGGGCCGAGAAGGCUACCAUCGAGACCGAGCUGGCCGGCGUCCGCGCUGAGCUUAUUUCUGCCGAGGCAGCUGCGCGUGCCGCGACGCGCCGAGCCGAGUCGGCCGAGGCGGCGCUUGCCGAGGCGCAGGCCAGCAUCGAGGCCCGCGACGCUGCUGCGGUAACAAGUUCGGACGCAGAGACAUUCUUUGCGAAGCAGCUGGCAGAGGCCCAGGCCGCCAAGCGUGCGGUGGAGGAGGCGCGCGCGGCCGACGCGAUUGCGGCCGAUGCAGCGCGUGCGGCCGAUGCGGACGCCGCAGCUGCGCGACUUGCAGCUGUCCGGCGCGAAGCCGGCGACGCCCGUGUGACUGCGGAUGCUCGCGCUGCCGAGCUGGAGAACAAGAUUCGCGAGCUAGAAGCUGCACUUGUGCGCGAGCACGACAAGGUGGCUGCGGCGGGCCUCGCCGCCGCGACACAAGAGGCUGACAUCCGGGCAGCGAGCACAACCAAUGCGGCACUACGGGCUGAGAUUGCGUCUUUGCAGCAGCAAGUUGGCGAGUCCAACGAGAUUGCACAGAGCGCUCGGGGCGAGGCCGCAGCAGCAGCCAGCCGCGCACAGGCGCUGCAGUCGAAGCUCGAGGUGGCCGAGGCCCAUGCUGCGUCGCUGACCAGCGACCUCGAUGUGACGCGGGCGGCGGUUCUCACUGCCGAGCACGCGUGUUCAGAGGCGCGGCGCGAAGCGGAUGCGGCGCAUGCCCAGGUUUCCGUUCUCCAGCGGGAGGCUGCUUUGAGCCGCGCCACCGUCCUGGAGGCGCAAGCCUCGGCCUCACAGCUGGCCGAGGCCCACGAGCGGGCCGUGGCCCAGACCCGUGAGCUUAAGAGCAAGCUGGGAUUGGCCUCGGAGCGACUGGCAGCGUCGGACGAGGCACUGGAGCAGGCGACGCGGCUCAACGACGAGCUGCAGAACGCGCAGCGGGAGAUGACUGCCUCGCUGCAGGCGACCCAGAGCCAAUUGCUGGAGUCACGGGCUGGUCAGACACAGGCUAUGGAUGCUGUUCGUGCCGAGAAGGCUACCCAGGACGCGCUGCGGCAACAGCUUGCCGGCCUGGAGGCACAGUUGGCGUCGCUGACGAAGAACAGCGGUGACGCGACGUCGACAGCAGCAGCACUCCGACUAGAGGUUGCGCAGCAAGCGGCCGAGCUUGGCACACUGAAGGCGUCGAACGAGAUGCUGACCAGUAACCUUGACGCUGCAGUGCAGCGGGAAGUGGCGGCAGCGGAGGCGGCGCGCGAAGCGCGUGCGCGCGCUGCAGAGCUCGAAGUCCUCCUCGAGUCGAAGACCCUGCAGGCCGGGGCUGGUGCGACCGCGCUGGCGAACGUCAAGUCACAGCUGGCGACGAUGCAGGAGAAGCACGCGGCGUUGGUGGCAAGCUCGGCACAGGACGAGGAGGCGCUUCAUGCGGCCCAGUCGCGGGUGCAGGUCGAGUCGGCCAAGGCACAGGUGGCGAUGGACCAAGCGGCAGCUGCUGGAGCGCAGCUGCUCUCCGUUGAGCAGCGGCUUAACACGGCGACAGCAGCCGCGGCCGCCUCGAAGGAGGAGGCUGCGGCUGCGGCGGGCGAAGCACGGGCGCUCAAGUCGCGUGUUGCGGCGCUAGAGGCGGAACUCGAGCGCGUGACGGUCGCCGCAAAGGCCAAGGAAUCGUCACGGGUCGAGGCGAUGGAGCGAGGCGAUGCGCUGGCUGAUGCCAAGGCUGAUGCCGAGCGUUUGCUGCGGGCGGCGGAACAGAAGGCACUCGACGCCGAAGCCGAGGCCGAAGCUGCGCGCACGCGAGCAACGGCAUCUCGGGAUGCUGCCGCGGCCGCCGAUCUGGCUGCACUCGAGGCUGGCAAGGAGCGCGACGCUGCGCUCCGUGACAAGUCCCGCGCCGAGACGCGGGCCGCCGAGGCCGAGGCCGAGGCGGAAGCGGCACAGAGGGUUGCAGCCGAGGCCAAGGCGGAGGCUGUUGGGGCUCAGGCACGGGUUGCCGAGCUGACCGAUAGCCUGCGGGCACUGCGGAGCGAGCUGGCGUCCAAGGACGACGCCGCAGCUGUACAGAGCAUUCAGAUCGAGAGCAUCCAGCGACAGAGCGAGUCGAGCUCUCGAUCAAGCGAGACAGCCCAGAAUGCGCUUGCUGACGCGCAGCGCGAGGUCAAGUCGCUCCGCCUGGAGCUCGGAUCCGAGAAGGAUGCCCAUGCAAGCGUGGCGCUGCAGCUGUCGUCGGCUCAGGCUCAGGUUCGUGAGAUGACUGCGGCAUUGGCUCGGGUGCAAGAGGCCAAGGAGUCGAUGGCGGAGCGGCUGGUGGCGAGCCAUGAAGAGUGCGUCGAGACGGCAGCAGAGCUGAAGAGGACUCAGCGAAGCCUUGAGAGUCUCCGGGCGGAGCACGAGGCAAUGUCGCAGGAGGCUGCGGUGCUGUCGAGCAAGCUUAAGGCAGCCAAGGCGGCAGCGGCGACCGAGCGUGAAGCUCGUGAAGAGUUCGAAGCUGCUGCCAGCAUGGCUGACUCCACUCUUGCGACGACCAAGGCUGAGCUUGAGCGGGCCAAGGUGCUGUGCGAGAAGCAUUCUUCGGACGUCACUUCGCUGAGCGAGGCGCUGCAAGAGUCUGAAAUGGCGCAGGCGGCGCUAGGCCGCAAGUGUGAAGAGCUUGAGAGCGAGCUGAUGGACUCCGAGAGUCACGUGGAGCAGCUCGUGGCUAAGAUUGACGAGCUGCUUAGCCUGCACGAGUCGACUGAAGCAGCGGCGGCAGCGUCGGCGACGGCGCUCGACGAAGCCGAAGCGCUGCUUGCGAGCCGGACUGCCGAAGCCGAGACAGCAUUGGCCCAGCUGGAGGCGACGCGACAGGCGCUUGAUGCAGCCGAGCUCUCCGGGCAAGCGAUGAUUUCGCGCGAGGAAGCACUUCACCAGGUCAAGUCCGACCUGGUGAACGAGACGGCACGGCUUCGCGAGGAGCUCUCGCUCGCCAACAGCGAAGCUGCCCAGAACGAAAACGCACUCAAGGAUUCGGAGGCUGCGCGUAGUGCGGUAGAGGCACGGCUUGCGCGGGCGCUCGACGACGGCGACGCGGCUCGUGAGGCUGCGGCUGACGCCGACGCGCGCGAGCUUGCACUGGGUGCCGAGCUCAAGCGGGCACAGGCGCGACUUGCUGUUGCGGAAGCUGAGGCGAGCGACGGCGCCAAUGCGCUUGUGCGUGUGCACGAGCUCGAGCGGGAGCUGGCCGCAGCUGGCCGCGCGGCUGAGCGUGCGGAUGAGCUUGAGGAUGACCUCGCGCAACAGCGCGCCGAGCUGCGCGAGCUUCGAGCCGAGCUGCAGCAGGCGCACGACGAGGCCAACCACGAGCGGGGGGUGGCUGCGCGACUGCGCGAGGCACUCUCCAGCUCUGAGGAGCUGCUGCACGAGGCGCAGUCUGAGGUGGUUCUUCUUACCGGUGCAGUGAGCAAGGCGCGAUCGCAGUCGUCGAGCUUGCAAGUGGCAGUGGAAGAGCUGGAAGACGAGCUUGCCGCGGCGAAGGCCAAACUGACAGCACGACGGGAUGAGGCUACAGAGCGCGAGGAGCGACUGGCCGAGGCCGCCGCUGACGUGGCCCGGCUUGCAGGCGAAGUGGAGGCAGCGCGUUCCCAGGCGAAGGCCGUCGCUGUGUCCAGGUCCGAGCAGACAGCGUUGGACGCUGCCGAUGACGAGAUCGAGCAGGCUGGUGUGGAUGCCGUAGCUGCGGCUCUCGAGGAGACACGGCGCCGGCUAGCAGAGUCGCGUGAUGCAGAGCGGGCGGCACGGCAACAGCUUCGGGCGUUGCGGUCGUCACUGGAGGCGAGUGAGGCUGAGACAAGCAGACUGCGUGCUUGCGAGGCGCGGUCGCAGCGCGAUGCUGCCGAGGCAGCCACUGCACUGGAGCGUGCGCGAGCGCGCGCCGAGCUGAGUGCUGGUCGUGAACGAGAGCUUGGUGCUGCCGUGACGGUGCUAGAAGGCGAAGUGGCCGAGACGCGUCGACAGCAGAGUGCGCUCGAGCGGGAAGUAGCUGGACUCCGUGACGACGGCACAUGUUUGAGGCAGCAGCUUCAGGCGAUUGGGUCACAGCGGCAAGCGGAACGCGAGCGGGCAGGACGUGAUGCGACCGCGCAGGCGGCCGAGAUCGCUGAGAUGCGACGAGAGCUUGCCAUGGCUAAUCGAGCCAACGCGGUGUUGGAGGCUAAGCUCGAGGGCGCUGCAGAGCGGGAAGAGGCACACGCUGUUGCACGCGAGGCAAGCGGCGCACGAGCUGCCGAGCUUCAGGCGCGUGCAGUCGCUGCACGCGAGGAAGCUGUUGCUGGCACGGCACGCGAGGGCGAGCUGCGCCAGUCGUUGCACGAGGCAUUGGCACGGGCAGCCGGGCUAGAAGCGUCGCGGGAUGGGCUGAUGGCGAGCCUGUCUGAGCGAGACGACACGGUUGCGCGUGAACGCCAGCUCGUCAGCCAGCUCCGCGAGCAGCUGAAGGCGCAAGCGCGGGCUGCCGACGAGAGCAUUCGUAAGCUUCGGGAUGUGGUGGAUCAGCAAGCAGGCGAGGUGAGCGAGCUGCGGCGGUUGGUGCGCGAGGCCGAAAGCCUUCUCGAGGCUGAGCGCAGGGCGCGGGCAUCGAGCGAGGCGCGGGAGGAGCAGGCUGAGGCGCGACUGGCAGCUGCACGGAGCGAGCAUGAGGAAGCGAUGACUGCGUUUGGCGCAACCAAGGCUAAGCUGAGCGUAGCGGAGACGGAGCGGAGCGGACUGGCAUCAGCGGUGGCCAAGUUGGAGGAGACCAGUGGGCGCGAGAGUGCGGCCAAGAUGGAGAUAGCGCUCCAAGUGCGUGAGCUUAGUGCGCAGAGUGCCAGCGAAGCGACGAGCCUGGCGGCGGCGCGUCGAGAAGUGAGCACGCUCCGCGAGGAACUAGUGCAGACAGAGAGCAAGCUUGCGCGGACGCGCAUCGACCUGGAUGCCAAAGCAAGUGCGUUGGAGGAGGUACGAGCUGCGUGCGCGGGAGCUGUGGCGGAAGGCGUGUCGCUACGAGAGCGAGUCGCCACGGCCGAGGCCGAGUCGAACCGGUUCCGGACUGCCUGCCAAGAAAGCCAGGAGCGCGAGCGCGAGCUGCGUGUGCAUGCUGGAGCGCUAGAGGAGAAAUGCGCACGAUUGGAGGCGCGCCGUGAUGGUCUUGUCGACGAAGUGGCUGGCUUGACUAGCUCGCUGUCUCAGGCGCGUGCGGAUGCCUCGCAUGCGCGCGACGAAGCAGCGCAAUGUAUGGCUGCAAGUAAGGAGCGUGUGGCCGGCCUGGAAGCCGAAUUGGCUGGGCUGCGAAAGCAGGUCGAGCUGACGGUUGACGAGAACAGCCGGUUGAGCAACCGACUCGCGGCUACCGAGGCAAGCGCUGCAGAAGUCAAGACGCGCCUUCAGGGCGACGUGGACGCUGCGCGUGACGAGGCGCGGAAGGUUUCCGGCGAUCGUGCGAAUGAGCGGGCGAAUGCGGCGCGGCUUGCGACCGAAGUCGACGAGUUGAAGGCUCGAGCCGAGGCUGAAGCACGGGCAGCUGUGCGUUCGCGAAGCGAGCUUGAGGCCGAGUUGGCUGCUGGAAAGGAGAAGAUCUGCAGAGCAGAAGAUGAGCUUGCAACAGCGCGGACCAAGUGGGUGGAGGCGCGUGCUGAGCUCGAGGGACGUGAAGCUCAACUGGGUGCAGAGCUUAGUGGAGCCAAGCGUGAGCUGAAGAUUCAAGCAACCAAGCUUGCACGCGUAGAGAGCGAGCUUGCUGAAGUGAGCGGCGAGCUUUCCGCGGCGAAGAAGCGAGCGGGAGAGGCUGAAGGUGAGCUCGCGACAGCGCUCGCAUCGCUGGGUCGGAGCGAGGCCGAGGCAGCUGCGUUAGCGAAGAAGGCAACUUGCAGCGAGGAAGAUGCAGCGAGCCGGGUAGCCCGGCUCGAUGCGGAUCGUUCCGCCGAGCGGGCGCGACACGGUGAGACUGUCAGCGAGCUUCAAGGUCUGGUGGCAGCCGCAAAGGAGGAGAACGCGCGGAUACGGGAAGAGCUGCGUACUGCAGCCGCGACCAGCCAGGCCAAGAUCAGCCAGUUGGAGGCCGAGCUUGGCGAUGUCAAGGCAUCAGCUGCGCAGCGGAUCUCGCAGCUCGAGACCGAGCUUUCGGAGGCCAGAGUGAAGUCGCUGGCGAAGAUUGGCGAGCUCGAGGCCGAGCUAGCACUCGAACGGACUACGUCGGCGAAACGGAUCAGCGCGCUGGAGGCCGAGGUGGUCGACGCGGAAGCGGUGUCUGUGGCCAAGUUUGAGCAGGUCAAGGUCGAGGAGGCCGAACACCUGUCGCGGGUCAAGUCCGAGGUGGAGCUGAGCCGGGCAACCGAGGCGCGUCGGAUUGCGGAGCUGGAUGAGGAGCUCGCGGAAGCGCGGCAGAAGAGCAAAGCGCGCAUCGUCGAGCUCGAGGAUGAACUGGCACGCGUUCGAGGGGAAAGCAAGAUGCAGGCCGAAGGCCUAGAGGCGGAGAUUGUGGGGCUGAGGAAGACUGUGGCUGGGCUGGAAACUACGUGCGCCGGCUCCGAAAGGCGGGUUAGUGGGCUCGAGGACGAAGUGUCAAGACUCGAGGCCAAGGUUGCUGCUGUGGAGCGCGAUGGAGAGACUCGAUUGGAGGCUGCAGAGAAGCGGAUCCAGGGUGCGACAGACCGAGCUGAUCUGCUGCAAGGACGGCUUGGUGACGUCCAGGCAGAGCUUGCCGGUGCACGGGAGAAGUUGGCUGUGACCGAGGUGAAGCUGGCAGAGGUGAAGCAGAGUGACGGCGAGCGUAUCACUGCGCUUGAGGCCGAGCUGGCGUCGACCAAGGAGGAUGAUACCAAGCGGAUCACUACACUCGAGGCGGAGCUGGCUGAGGUGCAGGAGAAGCUUGCUGCCGCCGAGGCGGAGCUGGCUUCGACCAAGGAGGGCGAUGCCGAGCGGAUCACUGCACUCGAGGCGGAGCUGGCUUCGACCAAGGAGGGUGAUGCCGAGCGGAUCACCGCCCUCGAGGCCGAGCUGGCGUCGACCAAGGAGGAUGAUACCAAGCGGAUCACCGCCCUCGAGGCGGAUCUGGCAUCGACCAAGGAGGGCGAUGCCGAGCGGAUCUCCGCCCUCGAGGCGGAUCUGGCAUCGACCAAGGAGGGCGAUGCCGAGCGGAUCACUACACUCGAGGCGGAGCUGGCUGAGGUGCAGGAGAAGCUUGCUGCCGCCGAUACCGAGCUGGCGUCGACCAAGGAGGGUGAUGCCGAGCGGAUCACUGCACUCGAGGCCGAGCUGGCGUCGACCAAGGAGGGCGAUGCCGAGCGUAUCACUGCGCUUGAGGCCGAGCUGGCGUCGACCAAGGAGGAUGAUACCAAGCGGAUCACUACACUCGAGGCGGAGCUGGCUGAGGUGCAGGAGAAGCUUGCUGCCGCCGAGGCGGAGCUGGCUUCGACCAAGGAGGGUGAUGCCAAGCGGAUCACUGCACUCGAGGCGGAGCUGGCGUCGACCAAGGAGGGCGAUGCCAAGCGGAUCACUACACUCGAGGCGGAGCUGUCUGAGGUGCAGGAGAAGCUUGCUGCCGCCGAGGCGGAGCUGGCGUCGACCAAGGAGGGUGAUGCCGAGCGGAUCACUACACUCGAGGCGGAGCUGUCUGAGGUGCAGGAGAAGCUUGCUGCCGCCGAUACCGAGCUGGCGUCGACCAAGGAGGGCGAUGCCGAGCGGAUUACCGCCCUCGAGGCGGAGCUGGCGUCGACCAAGGAGGGCGAUGCCGAGCGGAUCACCGCCCUCGAGGCGGAGCUGGCGUCGACCAAGGAGGAUGAUACCAAGCGGAUCACUACACUCGAGGCGGAGCUGUCUGAGGUGCAGGAGAAGCUUGCUGCCGCCGAGGCCGAGCUGGCGUCGACCAAGGAGGGUGAUGCCGAGCGGAUCACUGCACUCGAGGCGGAGCUGGUCGAGGUGCAGGAGAAGCUUGCAGCCGCCGAGGCGGAGCUGGCUUCGACCAAGGAGGGUGAUGCCGAGCGGAUCACUGCACUCGAGGCGGAGCUGGCGUCGACCAAGGAGGAUGAUGCCGAGCGGAUCACUGCACUCGAGGCGGAGCUGGCCGAGGUGCAAGAGAAGCUUGCUGCCGCCGAGACGGAGCUGUCUAUCAUUGCUGACCGCGAUGCCCGAAUCGCCGAGCUGACAGAGACUCUGGCUGCACGCGAUGCUCGCAUUGCCGACCUGGAGACUGAGGCCGACGACGAGUCGACCAAGCUUGCCUCCAAGGUCUCUCAGGCCGAGCUCGAGCUCGAGAGCAAUAAGGCUCAGCUUGCUGCCAUGCACACCGAGCUUUCUGCUCUCCAAGAUGCGGACCAGAAUCGCAUCGCUGAGCUUGAGGCCGAACUUGCCGCUCUCAAGGCCGAGAUGGAGUCUUCUGAUGCCGAGCUUCGCGCACGCAUCGCCGAGCUCGAGGAUGAGCUUGCUCGACUGCGCGAGGCUGACGAUGCCCGCAUUGCUGAUAUGCAAGAGCGCCUGGUUUCCCUCACUUCCAAGCUCGACGCCACCCACGCCGAGCUAGAUGCCAUCCAGGCUCGUGACACCGAGCAUGUUGAGGAGCUCUCGCGCUCGCUGGCUGAGGCCCAGUCGACCGCAGCUACAGAAGCCGACCAGAUCGCCGCUCUUGAGACCGAACUGGCCGCCCUUGAGGAGGUAUACUCGCUUGCCCACGCUGAUGAUGUAGCCGCGCUGACCACUCUCCGCGAUCGUGUCGCCGAGCUCGAGGCCGAGUUGGCUGCGGCUGCUGAAAAGGGGACUCGGUUUGUGCCGACGGCCGCCCUCGUCCCGACCAUGCGCGCUGUUCACGAUGCGUUUGACUCGGACCUCGAGCUCGCUCUUGCCGCCUAUGGCGUGACCAAAAGUGAUGCCGAUGCUGGUGGCCUUCCUGCAUGCGACGGCGGUGUGGCUCUGGCCGUCUCUGCAGACGUCUCCAAGCCGUAUGGCUACGCCGCAGUCCGUCACAACAUCCUCCUGUUGUACUCUUCGGCGGCUACCGAUGCUGGCGUCGAGAACGCAGUCCGCCUCGACGGCGGAGCUUUCGAGGGCACAAUUGCAGCGGACGGUCAUGUACUCGUCUUUGUGGUGCCGGGUCGUAGCAACGGCUGUCCGGAUAUCCGCUACACGCUCACACCGAGCUCGCCAGCCGACGUUCCUGCGUGGCGCGCCGCGCUCGCGGCUGCAUUUACCUGGUGGCACGUCGCUGCCGCAACCAUCGGCCGUGCGACGGCUGCAGGUGCGCGUGGCUCGUUCUUGGGCCAGGACAUGGCUGUGCCCGAUGUGACGAGUGUCGCUGUGGAUGAUGCAGCCGACGCUGACGGAGAGCAAGGUUCGCCGCUGGCGGUAAGGGCCGCCUCCAGCUCGGCCGCUUCUGGCUGCGUGCGCUCAGAACAGCUGGCCGCGUUUCGGGCAGCUAUGGCUGCGGCAAGUGCGCUCCAAGCGGAGGCAGGAGCCAAGGUCUUUGAGCAUCGCUCGAGCGCCACCAAGGCACAAGUGGAUGCCGCGCUGAAUGGGCCGCUUGCGAUGGCACCACCGGCCGCAAAGGUGGACAAGUCGAAGCUUGAGGUGCUUGCGCUCGAUGAUGCCGACACCGACAGCGACGACGACGAGCGCACUGCCGGUGCCAGCGCAUCGGUGCCAGCAGCCGAGCCGCAGCCCGACCCCGAGACCGAGAGGCGCGACAAGGCGCGGAAGAUUCUUCUCGGGCUCAAGCCGCAGCUCGGGUGUGUGGUGGUCGACACGGCAUCGACAGGAGUGGUGAUCAAGGAGUUGCGGACCGGCAAGGCUGCCGAGGCCGCGGGGCUGCUCGUUGGUGACGCCAUCACGGCGGUUGGCGGCAUGCCGACCAACUCAAAGCCGGAUUUUAUGGUUAUUAUGUCGCACGCGUUCCCCGGUGAGACCGAGGCGUUUACGGUCUCUCGCGCCGGGAACGAGCUCGAGGUGUCGGUCCAGUUCGGCGCAGCCAACUACUCGAUGAAGCAGCUGCAGAAGCUGCGGGCCAUUGCCGGCCUCGAGUGGUGCAAGGCGCACGACAUGCAUCACGUCCACGAGGUGAACGAGUAAAACCGCGGCUAGUG